CCAAAAUCCCCACCCGCAUCCCAGCAUGAAAUUCAUCGCGCUCCUCGCCACGCUCACCGCCCUCCCCGCCGCGCUCUCCCAGCAAGUCUCCUGGGACUCCGUCUACGACAACGCGAACCAGUCGCUCGCGACCGUCGCGUGCUCCGACGGGACCAACGGUCUGCUCACCAAGGGUUACACGACCUUCGGCUCGCUCCCGUCCUUCCCGUACAUCGGCGGCGCGCAGGCCGUCGCGGGGUGGAACUCGGCCGCGUGCGGGACGUGCUGGAACAUCACGUACGGGACGACGACGAUCACCGUGCUCGCGGUCGACCACGCGGGUAGCGGGUUCAACAUCGGCGAGACGGCGAUGAAUACCCUGACAGGUGGACAUGCGGUCGAGUAUGGGAUUGUGCAGGCGGCGUCGUCGACGCAGGUCCCUGCUGCUGCAUGCGGGCUCUAGGGCUUCGUUUCAGUUAAUGUGGCCAUCUGCAGAGGGUAGUCUCAGAUUCUCAGUGGCGAAGGGCGUAUCCGCGCAUAGGGUGUAUUCUCAUCGGGUCUUGGGGGCAUGGCGGCGAAACCGUGGACUGAGAAGUUUCAUUCCAUGGACCUCUAGUUACCAUGGCUGCAUGGACACAUCGCCUUCUUCGGACAAUUGUACGGACUCUCAGAAUGUACGUAGCUGCAAGUGUACGAUCGUCGAGCAAUCCAAACAGAUCGAAUGUCUGAGACU